CAGAGCGUUAGAUGUUGCAUACACAUGCCAGAUUAGAAAUUGGUAAAGCCAUAAAAAUUAAUAAACUGGUUUAAUCAUUGACAAUAUAUCUUUUUACACAAUGUAUUUAUUGGAAGAUUGAUGGGAUCGACAAAAAUCAAGAUCGAGGUAAAAUAAUCGAAAUUAUGGGAGUUAUGAAUAUAUGAUUAUGAAAAUAUCAAAAAAGAUCCUGAAAAAUGUUGAUAUAUUACCUUAGGAAGUUUACCAUUAUUUAUAGAUGCAUAAUUUAUAUACGAGAGAAUGUUUCAUGAGAAUCAAUAAUAUUUUUUUUUCUUAAACACUUUUGUGUUCUUUACUUUCAUCAGAUUUCUUUUUCUUUAAAAUUUAUUCAUUGUGAGUUGUGUGAUUGGCUUUAUACAACACAUUUGAUUCGACCAUUUGUUCUCUCUAUCUCUAAACAACCGGAGAUUUAUGCUUACGACGUCGUCUCACAGCCCAAACGGUCAAACCACACAUGUUCUUGUGUCGAUAUCUCUCACUUUCACGAUUCCAAAACCAUCUUCCUCUCAGAAUCCGUCGUUUACUCGGGAAAAACCCAAAUCCAAUGACCCAUUUCUCCACAUUUUCCGAGAAUCAGACAAAGCCACAUGAGAAGGUGUCCAAACUCGACGGCGUAGAACACAAAACCCUAAAAUUAAACGGCAUAAACAUGCACGUGGCGGAGAAACCCGCAUCCGGAUCCGGAACCGGAUCAGGAAAAGAUCCGAUCAUUCUCUUUAUCCACGGAUUCCCGGAGCUUUGGUACACGUGGCGACACCAGAUGGUUGCGCUUUCUUCCCUUGGAUACCGUACCAUCGCGCCGGAUCUUAGAGGGUACGGAGACACAGACGCGCCCGAGAAAGUGGAGGAUUACACUUACUUAAACGUGGUUGGAGACUUGGUUGCACUGAUCAACGCCGUGACCGACGGAGACAAGGCGGUCUUCGUGGUUGGUCAUGACUGGGGAGCGAUGUUAGCGUGGCAGUUGUGUCAGUAUCGACCGGACAAAGUGAAGGCUCUAGUCAACAUGAGCGUACUCUUCUCUCCGAGGAACUCUCAACGAGUUCCGGUUACGACGUUGAGACAUACCUUCGGUGAUGAUUACUACAUAUGCAGAUUUCAGAAACCUGGAGAGAUAGAAGCAGAGUUCAAGAAGUUGGGAACAGAGAAGGUGUUGAAAGAGUUCCUCACUUACAAAACGCCUGGUCCGCUCCAUCUCCCCAAAGGCAAAUGUUUCGAACGCUUAGAAAAUGAUGCGUGUGCGUUACCACCGUGGUUAACACAAGAAGACCUCGACUAUUACGUCACCAAGUACGACAAGAAAGGCUUCACCGGACCCAUUAACUACUACCGCAACAUUGACCGAAAUUGGGAGCUGACUGCACCAUGGACCGGUGCUAAGAUCCAUGUACCGGUGAAGUUCAUAGUCGGAGGUCAGGAUUUAACGUACAAUUUUCCGGGAGCUAAGGAAUACAUCAACGAUGGCGGUUUCAAGAGAGAUGUACCGUUGCUAGACGAAACCGUCGUGCUCAAAGGAUUGGGUCAUUUCCUCCAUGAAGAAGACCCUGACGUGAUCAAUCAACACAUUCACAACUUCUUCCACAAGUUCCUCUAAAAUUAUAAACUAAGUAAUCGAACCAACAAAACACAAAUCGUUGUAUAACAUUCGUGUGUUUAUAAUUAUAACGAAUGUUAUAUAAUCAAUACGAUUCAAAUAAAACAAAUCUAUA